UUGUAAACAACAUUGUCUCUUUACUCAUCUUCCGUUUUCUUCGUGAUCCUAAUCUUGUAUAAGGUAUUCCUUUUCAAAAAGUUGUCCUUAUGUGAUUAGACAUGAAGAUCAAAACCCUACUUUGUAAUUUAUUAUUGCUCGCUUUAGUAGCUUUCAGUUUCACAGAUCCAAGGUAAGGAACAAGAACGGGUGGGUUGUGGAAACUUUUUCUACAAAUUCAUAUCUAAAUUCCUCAUACAUCUCUUCAGAAAAAUGGCACUUAGCAACAAUGUUAUCGGAGCCAUCAACUUCGUUGCCAUGCUUCUUUCUAUCCCGGUCAUUGGUGCCGGAAUCUGGCUGGCAACCGAACAGGACAAUUCCUGUGUGAAGAUUUUACAAUGGCCGGUCAUUAUCUUGGGCAUCUUGAUUUUGAUUGUGGCUCUUGCAGGCUUUAUAGGAGGAUUUUGGCGCAUCUCCUGGCUGCUUAUAUUCUACCUUGUGGCAAUGCUCAUUCUCAUAAUAUUGCUGGCCUGUUUGAUUGUGUUAAUCUACAUGGUUACACUUAAGGGUUCUGGUCACCUUGCUCCCAGUAGGGCUUACUUGGAAUAUCACUUGGAUGAUUUUUCAGGAUGGCUUCGCAGAAGAGUUCAAAGUCCUUUGAAAUGGGAUCGAAUUAAAAGAUGUCUUAGCUCAACACAACUGUGUGCUGAAUUGAAUCAGAACUAUCGGAUGGCUCAGGAUUUCUUUAAUGCGCGUAUAACGCCUCUGCAGUCUGGAUGCUGUAAGCCCCCCACAGAGUGUGGGUACACAUUUGUGAAUCCAACGUAUUGGAUAAGUCCCAUCAACAAUGCGGCAGACAUGGAUUGCCUUCAGUGGAGCAAUGACCAAAAUCAACUAUGCUACCACUGCGAUUCAUGCAAAGCCGGAUUGUUGGCAAAUCUAAAGAAAGAAUGGCGAAGAGCAGACAUCAUAUUACUCAUAACUCUCGUUGCUUUGAUCUGGGUUUAUUUGAUUGGAUGUUGUGCCUUCAGAAAUGCCAAAACUGAAGACCUCUUUCGAAAAUACAAGCAAGGAACUACUGACACGUAAGAGAAGUUAUAGAAUUAAAUUAAGGGCUUGAUUUUUGGUAACUUAUUUUUAUGAACUUAUUGUAUAAGAAAUAUCCUUUUGUGUUGGGUUUGGUGAUACAAUGUCGAGAUUAAAGCUGCCAAUGGACGCGGCUGUGCUUGAUUUGCGGAGGGCACCGAAAGUUGAUUGCUUGUGAAUUGCAUUAUCAUUGUGAUGAUGGUGGCAUGCAAGUUAAAGGCAACCUUUUGAGGGAGUAGUUUUAUUAGCUAGCUAGGUUUGGUUUUUAUUUUCUUCUUGCAAGCCUUUUCUACUGUUAAUCAAAAUUUGACAAAACUAUUACUAUCUCAA